UUGAGCACCUGACCAUUAGCAGCUAUUACUGAGGAUAGGAACAAAGGGAGAUACGUACAGGCAACAAGUUAGAACGGAGCAGUAGAGAAAGUUUGUUUUGAGGUGGGAAGAAAUUUUUAAAUGAUGGAGGAACAGGACAAGUCCUCCUGGAGAAUGGGGCUGCUAAAGACUUUUGAUUCAGAUGAGUUUAUGAGCUGGGAAAAGAUUGGAUCUGGUGGAUUUGGACAAGUUUACAAGAUUCGUCACGUUAACUGGAAAACAUGGCUGGCCAUCAAAUGUCCUCCGAGUCUCCAUGUAGAUGAGAAAGAGAACGCAGAGCUGCUAGACGAGGCUAAGAAGAUGGAAAUGGCAAAAUUCCGCUACAUACUCCCAGUGUAUGGCAUCUGCAAGGAUCCAGUGGGGUUGGUCAUGGAAUAUAUGGAGACUGGAUCUCUGGAAAAACUGUUGGCCUCGGAAAUGUUACCAUGGGAACUGCGUUUCCGUAUCAUCCAUGAGACUGCAGUGGGCAUGAAUUUUCUACACUGCAUGUCCCCGCCCUUGUUACAUCUCGAUCUGAAACCUGCAAAUAUACUACUGGAUGCACACCAUCAUGUCAAGAUUUCAGACUUUGGAUUAGCAAGAUGGAAUGGAUUGUCUAAUACACAAGACAUCAGUUUGGAUGGCUUCUGUGGCACAAUUGCAUACCUUCCUCCAGAGCGUCUACACCAGAAGAAGAAUUCUGAUAUUAAGCAUGAUGUAUACAGCUUUUCCAUUGUCAUCUGGGGAAUUCUAACACAGAAGAAGCCUUUUGCAGCUGAAACAAAUAUUCUACACAUUAUGGUCAAAGUAGUGAGCGGUCUUCGUCCUGAUCUGUCUGCGAUUCCUAAAUCAAGGCCACCUGCAUGCAAGGGCCUGUUAAAGUUAAUGCAGCGAUGUUGGAAGGAGGCUCCCAGUGACCGCCCAACAUUUCAAGAGAUCACUUCAGAAACGGAAGAACUUAGCACCAAGCCGCAAGAGAUAGCACAAGAGAAACCACGAGAGCAGCCUAUGAGUUCUGGCCAAUCUCAUGAGGCAAGCAAAAAGGAUCGACUUGUAGCAGUUGAGCAGCCAAUUCCGAAUCAGCAAUACAAACGGGCCUCUGACUGUGAUGAAUGCAGCCUUUCGCAGCUACUGUCUCAGCUGGACUCAGGCUUUGAAUCAGCUGGGAACGAAUGCCCUGCAAAUGGUGAAAUAGCUGACAGCAAGAAGAGACUCUCGGGGAUCUCAUCCAUUGACUCUGCGUUCUCAUCCCAGGGAUCCAUAUCAUUGUCUUUUGGAAAGGAAGCUGGAGGGAGUGAACAAUCCAUGUCGGAUGUUCCAAAGAAGAAGCUCUAUGAAGCCAUUGUUUCUGGGGACAUUGGAAAGUUGAUGAAGCUCCUGCAGCCUCAAGAUGUGGACCUGGUCUUGGACGAUGGCAUGAGCCUCCUCCAUUAUGCCGUUCAACUGGGCAACGAGGAAGCUGUGCGGUUGUUGCUUUUGUACAACGCCAACCCAAAUGUACCUAACAAACGGGGGUCCACGCCACUUCACCUGGCUGCAGAGAAGAACUUGAAGGUUAUCGCUGAGCUGCUCCUGGGAAAGAAGGCAAACAUAAAUGCCAAGGAUGAAGACCAGUGGACUCCACUCCACUUUGUCGCGCAGAGCGGUGAAGAAACACUUUUGCGCUUGCUACUGGACAGGAAUGCUUCAACUAAUGAGAUGGACUUUGAAGGCCGAACAGCACUGCAUGUUGCUUGCCAGCACAGCCAUGAAAACAUAGUGCGUGUUCUUUUGAGCCGCGGGGCUAAUGCCCAAGCCAAAGGGAAGGAUAACUGGACGCCUUUGCAUUUUGCUGCAUGGCAAGGCCACCACACCAUCACAAAGCUUCUCAUCAAGCAGGCUGGGGCAAGUGGGGACGUGCUGACAGCUGACGGAAGGACCCCAUUACAUCUUGCAGCCCAGAGAGGGCAGUACCGAGCAGCUCGUAUCCUCUUGGAGUUUAAGAGCACUGUGAAUUGGAAAACCUUGAGCCGCCACACACCCCUUCACCUGGCGGCCGAGAGUGGUCACACCAGCACUUCCAGGCUUCUUAUCAAGCACGGUGUGGACAUCAAUGCAGUGACUGAGGAUGGUUGGACUGCCCUCCACCUGGCAUCCAAUUGCGGUCAUCUCCAGACUGUGAAAAUGUUGGUGGAAGAGCAGGCCAACGCUGAGAUCACUGGUUCCCUCCAGAGAACAGCUCUCCACCUUGCUACAGAGAAAGGGCACAGUGAAGUGGUCAGGGAGCUUCUCAACUGCACAGAAAAUAUUGUUAACAUUGCGGAUUACGAAGGUCUAACACCUCUGCAUUUGGCAGCCAAGUGUGGACAUCUAAAAUGUAUUGACAUCCUCCUUGCUCAUGGCGCUGAUGUUAAUUUACACAACUCAAAAUUUCAGACACCUUUAAGCCUGGCUGAAGAAUCUGGCAAUGGCUUGGUCAUUGAUGCUCUUCGGUACCUGACAGACACUGAAAUAGAAAUCUUGUGAGGUGGUGGCUGGUGACAACAAGGAAAGGCCUCCCAGAACCUGCUGAGUCAUUGCACAAGAUUAACAAAAACUCGCGGCCUGUUUGAACUGAAAACUGUGCAUUUGGUUUUGUUUAAAUCCUCCAAUUUAAUGGAACAGUCCGUUUUGAUGGGCGUGGAUAGAAAAUUACCCAACAGAUUCCCAUCAACAUCUCGAGAUUGUGAAGGAGGUGCUUUCUACUUGGAUUUCAGAGCUUCACAAUAUAGAAUAUGCCUCAGCAUUGUCAAAUCCCUCGAUAUUAAAACAUCUGUAUUGUCCUCCUAUGAUAACUGCGAAGACAAUAUUGCAUGAUGGAAUAGCUUAACAAAGCAGAUUUCCAGAACUCUAAAUGUGCAAUUGCUUGACUAUUCUACCUGGGUUCCAUGUUUGUGCCAUAAGAGACGUUACCUUCAUGUUAGACAGUAAACUUGGCAGAUUCAUUUUUAUUUUGGAAAUCAUUUUUGCAGACAUGAUGUGCUGAAAGGCUUCCUCUUGAGCUGUGUAUUUGCUAUGAUCUUGUUACUGAUGAGGUUGCCUACUCCCUCACCCUUUUGAAGCAAAAAUACAAAACAACACUCGGGUGACAGCCUUCACACACACUGCAUUGUAAAGGACAUUGAGGGAUUACCUCAACUAUCAUCCUCCAUUACGCACAUUUGUGCUGGUUUUAUUAUGUCUUUGAUGUAGCAUUGUUAUGGUUGACUCAAAUGUGCAGGAACUUGUAUGACUGAGUUUAAAUGCAAUUUGAAUAAGUUCUGUUUCCUUAUACCAUGAGGAAAUUAUUUGUGUGGUAGCAUAAAGGUAAGGAGUGCUUUAUAUUCCUUGGAUCAAUUAUUAUGUAACAAGCAAGCUGCUUGUACCUAUCCAUCAGUGAUUUAGACUUGCAUUAUUGCUAGGGGGGGUCAUGAAAUCAAAUGUCAUAUUUGCCAGUAAUGUAUUAUUAACCUUCAUGUUUGUGCACACUUCAAUUCUAGCCUUUCCCCUCUUACUUUACAUUCAACAUUUUUGCAUGCGAAGUAAUGCAAUUGUACAUUUCAUAAGUUAAAUAGAAAAUGAUAUCCAAGUGAAUCUUGGCAAAAGCAUCACAAGAAUAAAAUGUGAUCAGAGAUAAUGAGAACUGCAGAUGCUGGAGAAUCCAAGAUAACAAAGUGUGGAGCUGGAUGAACACCGCAGGCCAAGCAGCAUCUUAG